AUGUCGCUAGAUGCCACGGUCCUCAAGAACUUGUGCCUUGGUGCGAGUUCCAAAGCCGCCUACUAUUCAUAAUUAUCAGCCUGCUACUUAAAAACGUUUUGACAGCCCUGCAUUCAGGUACAUGUUGUUUUAGAUGUUUGUAACACGUACUGCCUUUUGAAUUCCAAAAAAUAUUCAUUCUUGAUGAGUAUUGAUGAAAGUAUUUUUGAUUUUUUUUCCAAGUGUAGCCUUGGUGCAGAAGCCUUGUCGCUUAAUGGGUUUUUUACUGAUUCUAAAGGAAUCUCAUGGAGGUAAGAAUUUAUCAUAUGUUACUAUGUUGUUGCUUUUGAUUUCUAAAUUAUGUGGAUACUUUCACCCAUUGCCCAGUGACUGCGUAUUUUCUCAAAAACUUAACUCAGCUUAGGGUUUACUGAACGACUGAAUGAAAAAUGUGACUGUCAAACUUAAGGCGAUUAUGGACCUGGGUCCAUGAUAUGGACCUGCACUUUGGACUGGGUCCAUCGACCACUUUCAUGGACUGGGUCCAUGGACUCCUUUUUAAAUAAUGAGAAAUGAACAAAAACAGAAAUAGUGCAAAAGUAGGAUUAAAAAAACAUGCAACAACAAGCAAUGCUCGUUUGAUCAGUAAUAAUCUCGAAAACGGGGUCCAUGGACAAUUUUUUUUAUUUUUAUAGACAGGUUUUGGACCGAGUCCAUGGACACUUUUUUAAUAAUGAGAAAUGAACAAAAACAGAAGUAGGGCAAAAAUAAGAUUUGACAAGAAGCUGUCAACAUAUUUAGUCGUGCUUACAUCACCCACACUCUGCUUGCAUUAAAUGUUGCAGCAGUCGCAAGACUGUUAAGCUAAUUCAAAAGUUAUCACCAAGGGAGGAAUUACACUCUCCAGUACAAAGACUCGCAUUAUCCUUUAAUAGAAAACAAGCUGGAGUUUAGAAUUUAUUGCUUUUAGAGCAGUCAUGACUUAGUCAUAUUGCAAUUCUCCAUGAUAGUUGAUGUAGCUUUAGUUAAAGCUACAAUCCGCUUCUUUGAGAUUUGGACAUCUGUAAAUCACUAUUCAUGGGAAUAAGUCAUCCUGCAAAAAAAACGCUAGCGAGCUGGGCCCAACGUGACGAAACAUUGCUGUAAAAAGUGACAUUCAUAGACAAAAAGAAAAUGGUUUAGAAUUAUUCAGAUCCAGGAGGCACUUUGAAGAAAUUAAACAACCUAAAACCCUUCUAAAAUCAGCCGCAAAAUGAAGAGCUUUACAAUUCAAAAGACGUAGAAAAUCAAAAUAUGUGUCAUGAUCUCUCAGUAUAAAAUAAAAUCCAAAACAUAAUCUACCAGUCGGAGAAAACAAUUCAUUGGAACAUGCAGCAUUUUGGCAUGAGGUAAAAGUCGUGUGUUGCCUACCAAACCCCCUUUUUUUACACCAUGUAAGCAUGAUUAAUUAUUAUUACUGAUCAAUCGAGCAUUGUUUGUUGUUGUUGUUGUUUUUUAAUCUUAUUUUACACUAUUUCUGUUUUUGUUCAUUUCUCAUUUAUUUUUAAAAAAGUGUCCAUGGACCCGGUCCAUGACAGGGAGUCCAUGGACCCAGUCAAUGAAAGUGGUCCGUGGACCCAGUCCAAAGUGGGUCCAUGUGUUGUCCUCACCUGUUUUAACCAUUCUGUGCAUUGUGUCAAUUAUUAAUGUUAGCUUGUGUUUAUGUGUUUUAAUCAACCAGAUUGCUGGAAGAUUAUUUGUCCUCUUUUAAGGGAGACAGUUGACUAAAUUACAUGCUGACUGACUUAGUUGUGUGAUCAGUUUUUUCAUAUUUUUUAAUUUGAAGCAUUGGAGGGGAAGGAUAUUUGAACCAAUCCACAGCAUAACCAAGUGAGUACUAUUAGUAUGCACUUAUGUAUUUACUCAUGUUAAUUUUGUGAAUUAGAUUUGUCCAUAGUUUAAUUUAUUUUGCUUUGUUUCAAUCUCUUUAUCUUAAAGUUUAGAUUAGUUUGCCCUAAAUUAAUAGUACAGUUUGUCCAGUAGGAUGAUUUUUGUACUCCUGUUUGGUACUUUAAAUCUGUAAAUUAUAAAACUUACCUGACAUCAAGAGAGCAAUAUCAUAAAAAAGUUUAGAACUUCAUUAAUUUCUGAAUUAGCAAAACAAAAGCAUUUUGAAACAUUUGUAUAGGUAAUAGCUGGAUUUGUAGUGAUAUUUAGGCAUAAAUACCAUGAGUAAUAUUUCAAAAUUGAAAUACCUAGAUGAAACUGGAGACUAUUUUGAAAUAUCACGAGUGGUAUUUAUGCCAAAUAUCACGUACAAAUCAUGCUAUUAUUUGUUUAUACUACUACCUGCAAAAGGUUUGUAAUUUUCACGUUUAGGUAUUUCAAAUGAAGCAGAAUGCUCUAAACCAAUCAAAUUGCAGAAAUUUCUCAUGUAUAGUAUAAAAUUACUAAUAAAAACAUUGGACUGAUUGAUUUUGGACUACACUGUUGGACUCUUGAUGAGGUGCACCAUUUUCACAAACCACCUGGGUGGAAAUCUUGUGCAGAAAAAUAAGUCUAUUAAAUUUGAAGUGGUGGGUGAACGACCCACUACAAAGUAAAUCCAAAAUCAGCUGAACAGACUGAAAAGGGUAGAAAAAUAAAUUUAUUGCAUCUUCUCAAAUCACAGCCCAUAUUUUCUGAAGCUUCCUAAAUGAAAUAAUGCGGACCAUUUGAUUUUCCAACCUGAAUUUCCGGUUUUCCCGUGUAAAUAUAGCCUCCCACGCAGGCGUUUUUAGGGGAGCUCGUAUUCUUCCCUCCCCACAAACGCCUGCUCAACGGAAAACAACAUUCCUUUCCCAAGCUUAGCCAAUCACAUUGUACUUUCCAAAUUCUGGAAAGUUGACCUUGACCGCAAGGUAAUCUGAUAAUUACUCGAUCUGCAUUAAACACUGGGAAAGCUUUCUGACCUGCAAUAAAUAGAUUCAGAGCGGCAAAAAUAAGUUUUAGUCAAAAUUCAGAAUACUCCAUGCACUGCAUAACCUUAGCGAAGGAAAGAAAGGAAGCAAAACGGUAACUCUAAGGUCACGUUCAGUCGUGUUUAGCCUGUCAACACUUCAUUGCACAAUUGUUGAUUGGUCACCUACCACGCAAAUAAAACAAUGAGAAAGGAAUGUUGUUUUCCGUUGAGCAGGCGUUUGUGGGGAGGGAAGAAAUACGAGCUCCCCUAAAAACGCCUGCGUGGGAGGCUAGUGUAAAUAGUAAGUACACUGUACCCUUGGUUUUUCAUGAUAUGACCCCCAGGAUAUGUAUGUCCACACAACACAUACUUUUGAUGACUGACUGUCCCUGGGUCACCAAGGACAAUUCCAAGGCAGAAAUUAUAUUGAAAUGCUAGCGUAAUUUAAAUUGUUGUUCAUUCCAUACACUUACAGAUAUCAUCCGACAGUUUAAUCCUUUACUGAAAGGUACAUCAGUAACAAGUCAAUCAUAGGACAAUGUCCUUUUUAAUGAUGAUCUGAAUGUUGCCUUUGCUGGAGCCUCAGCAAGGUCAGAAUACAUACAAUUUUGAUACAAACAUUUUUGCAUUCAUGUUGAGCGAUUUAAUAAUUUUAUUGUAACUUGUGAAUGUAGUUAAAAAGGCAAAAUUUGUCUUAUUCUUUGAUACUUUUAUUUAGAGACCGUGAGAAUUAAGCAAAAGACUUGGUUUCAAGAUUGAAAAACAUGAAGGUACAUAUGUAUUAUAUAUCUAAGCUACAUUACCAGUUGCAAAAGUACUUGAGACACUGUGCCCUAUUUUGUCUUAAAUGGCCUGUCCAUGAUCUUGUGCUUGUGAACCCCCCUCCACCCCUUAUCAUACUUGCAAGGCCAUGCUCAAAACUUAAAGGAACAACUUUGAAUGGAGAGAAAGAGGUAGGUGAGUAUUUUCUUUUACAGAAGUGUGACUAGGGCAGCGAUUUGCAGUAAGGAAGGCCGGUUUUUGGCAGAGUGUCUCAACAUUUUUGCACUGGUUGUAGCUUUAUUCCAAAGUCAUAGUGGAGGUUAUGAAGUUAUUAGUGAAUUUGAUGUAAGACCUUAAGUGUGUUAAAUAGGCCUAGUUCUGCAAGGUUAAUUGGUUAGCCCAAUAUAUAAUUUUAUGCUAUAAAGGCCAAUAUAAUAAUGAACAGGCGGAUAAGCGGGUGAAUGGCCGUUAUGUGUUGACUGCCAAGAAUUCUUGAAGGAUAGCUCACCAAAGUUUUUUGGCUAUGGGGCUACGUUUGUGGGUCUGCUCUGCUAUAAGUUAUUGCUAAUAAUAUUCAGAUUUAUGAAUGUCCUUGGGUUUGUUUAACUUACAGUGCAUUUAAUAACAUUUUUGUAAUUAGCGGUUUUUUCUUUGUUCUGCUAAUUCUUAAAUAGAACAUUGAUUAUGGAAAUGACUGGAAACUUCUCACCAUGUGGAUUGAAACAGAAGAUAUCUGUCACAUUUGCACAGACAUGGUAUGAUUGCUUUGAAUUACAUUGUGUAUGUAAUCAAAUUAAAUUAAUUUGUGUCGUAUUUUGGCCCAGGCUCAUCAAUUUUAUGACUUCUAGUUCAUUCAGUUGUGCUAAUAGUGCUACUCAUAAAAAUUCAAGAAAUCACGAUUAAACACUUGUUUAUUAAGGGUGGUGUAAUGAUUGGUCUUGGAUUUCAUAUAUUAUUUUCUUAUUUAAAUAAGCAGGCAGUGUGGCCGAGUGGUUAGAGCGCUGGACUUGCAAUCGGGACUCCCCAGGUUCAAGCCCCGCUCUAACUGUCAGCUGGGUUUGUUUUUCGCAGCCCCAUGUUCAGCUCCUAAGCCAAGCUUGUAAAUUUCUUACUGGCUUGCUCUUAGCCAGUGGGGAUUCUUACUUGUUAUGCUUGUUGCAGUAAUUUUUUGUUUCUGUCCUUAAUUGUGGGCCACAUUUUAGACUAUGCAGUUACCAGAAAAUGAUUUGUGUUAUGCAUUAAAAGUCAUAAAAUUUUAAUGUCUUUAUUUUUCAGGACAAACUUGGCCCAAGGUCUUUCAACAACAACAACAAUGUAUUUAUUUAAAGAAAUAUAAAUUUUACAAUACUUUAUGUCCUGGAAAUUGCUUUAAUUCUAAAUAGGCAGGACAAGACUUUAAAUAAAGACAUUAUUAAAUUACAUAAGAAAAAAAGAAAAGAAAAGAAAUACAAUAACAUACAGAAAGAAACACCUUACAUAUAAAUUCAAGUACAAGGGAAAUAUGUGAUGCGCUCUCUUAAUGGCCUGAAAGAGGAGGUAUGAUUAAAUAUUUUACCUUUAUUUUCUCUUUCAUUUUCAUAGUAAAAAUACAACAAAGUUUGUUACAAGGAUAUAGCAUUGUUCUUAUAUCCUUUCAAUUUUACUUUUUUUGACUGAACAGGUGCCCCGUCUGUUUGUCAACUUAGUCCCGCCCAUGGACAUGUGUCUGCUUUAUGAAUUACAUGGAGGGUAAAGUCCAAGUCAUGUGAAAUCAUGGGCUGGUGAGUGAAAUACAGAAUGUUUAGGUAACACUGCUUUGGCAUGGGGUGAUAAUUUGACCAUUUCAGCUGCCAAAGUUGCAUGCAUAAUUCUAAUUCAUUAUCUUGUUGGGUUUCAUUGCCUGGGGUAGAUCGUUUUAAUUGAUCUGGGGAAAAGGUUGUUGACUGGUUUCAGUGAUUUGAGCUACAUGCAAUUUGAUUUUUUAAACCUGAAGCGGACAUUGUAGCAAUUGUCAGAAAUUUAAACUUGGGUUUAUUAAAACCAUUAGCAUGUGAUAUAUCGGACUUGAGGCUAGGUUACAGGUACAUAAUGUUUUCACAAGUUGUGCAGUCAGUCUGGUACAUUUCUUGUGAACUGUAGUGUUUUCAGAAACUGUUAGUUGUUCAGUUAAUUAUUCAAAGUAGUAUUUUCUAUGAGUUAUUAUCCAUAACUCUAUUCUAAACCUCCUCUUACCUUUUUUGUUAUAAAGUAAUACUCAAUGUAAUUGUUGUUGUGUUCUUUUCUUUCAGGAAUUCAUGCCAGUGCGUUAAGAAAGGUGGCGAGGAAAGAGCCAAAGUUUCACAAGCUGUGAAAAAUUACAAGGUAACUGUUCGUGUAGCUCUAAUUAGGCAUUUAAAGGCAUUUAUAUAACUUCCCACCCACCAGGGCUCGUUAUUUUCCAGCAAAACCAGAAGUUUUGAAUCGUUAACUUUACCUUUUCUUCCUGCAGGAUGGCAAGUUAGUAGAGAUAUUUUUAUGGCUUGGACUGUCUGCACUUUUCAGCACAGGGCCAUGCGGCAGCAGCUCUAGCCUUGUGGAAAAACAUGGUAUGGUGCUAUCUAAUAACCACGCCUAUGCUCUUUUCUGUCUAUUCUUUUCUCGUUUUCACUUUCUUUUAUAUCUUAGCCUGGGUCGCUGUCGCAAAAAAAAAAGGGUUGGGUGGAGGGGGAGGGGAGAAAAACGCCUGUCUCUCCCCAAUCCCACUCUCUUUUCCCUUUCCUCCUCCAUCAGUUUCGACGUGUCUGCCAUGUAAACUUAACUGAAAUUUUGGCGUCAUUCAUGAUGCUCUAGUUUCCCAUUAACAAGGGAGUAGCUAUUCUGUAAUAUGCUUCUAACAUAAGAAAAAGCUUCAGCUGGGGAGGUCUCUAUAACAGUUAUUCUCAUGACCUGUCUGAUUGAUUUUAAAAACACAUAUUUUUUGAAACAAAACUAACGAGCAGCACUCGAGCGGCCUGGAACUUUUAAAAGUGAUUUAAUCUCCCACGCAUUUCGUCCACAUAUCGCGAAGAUCAUCAGGAAGUUCUACAAGUAAAAAUUAGAAGUGUUAAGUGUGGAAGUGAGUUUACUUGUAGGCUGUGGGGUCCAGCUUCCUACUGAAGCAUGUUUAUAACUUGGGUGGGUGGAACGUUCUAAGGCCAGUCUAUAAUGUUUUCAGUAUUUGGUCUCAAAACAGGGAAGGGUUUGUUAAGGCAGGCUGCAUAACUCAAACGAGUCCAUUCAGAAGUACCCCUAGCCUGAGUAGCAGUCGUUGGUCAUGUAUAUUUUUUUACCGGCCGCGCAAAGGGAACACGGCACCUGGCACGCAGGCUAAAGUACCGCAAACCAGUGAAUGAUUCAGAUAUCGACUACUUCCAGUGUACUUCCCGUUACAGCAUUUACAGUAUUGCCUAGUCUUUGUACGGCGUCUUCCCAGGCCUUCUCGGCCAAUGCAUUUCCGAGACGAACGGCCCACGUGACCCGAAACGCAUUGGCCGCGGGGAAUAAGGAGGCCUAGGGACUAGGCAAAUUACAGUAUUGGUGUCAAGGAUGUCAUAUACUUCGGACAUCCAGUCUGUGAUGAGAACAGUCGGCUCUGUCUAUAACAUGAGGGCUGACUAUUAUUUUGUAACUUUAUGUUUUCAGGAAAACUCAUACCUAUUCACUAAAACAAACAGUAACACUGUUAUGAGUGGACUGAUCAGUGACGAUGACCAGGACUCCGCCACAGAUGACUUCCCUCCUGCGGCCGCUGUAGCGUUAGCUGUGUGUUUAACGGCUGUUGUGGUGAUUGUUGUUGUUUUUGUGUGGAGAACCCGGAAGUCAAGACGAAGACCAGAAGCAAGAAAACUUCUCUAUGCUCCCGGACCACACAAACCAAGGAUUUGAGUUACGAGCGCGCUAAUGUAGAAAUUAUCUUUUCAGCUGUCCAGAGCGUUGUUUUUGGUUCAAACUCUCUUACACCUUGCGCCCGCGUGGGAGGCAAUGGAAAGAGAAGGGAAAGGCGUUGAAUCGGGCGCUUCGCGCUACUUGUGCUCACUCGCUUCUUCCGCUCCGCGUUUUCUCCAUACAUCUCACGUACCUAUAGCGACCACGUCAGUGAGAACUCCGUUUAACAUGAAGGCUUAAUUGCCUCUGCAGAUACGGUGUAUAAUUCAAUCCAAUUGUGUGCCAUUUCUAUAAAUCAACGGUGAUGUCAAACGAUAAAAUUCUUUAAAAUGCGCGCAAAGACGGGGCGAUUGGUUAUCCUUCCUCAGUUUAAACUUGGAUUCAAAAUUAGGCGAUAAAUUAGAUUAGUUUGACAAGCUUGAAUUUAAAGAUUCCAGCACGUUUUGACCUAAGUAUUAUAACUGAACAGCCCGGCACUUUUUCAGACAUGCUGAAAGAACUAAAAUGGUGUACUUUAGAAAAAAGAUGAAAGAAAAAAAAAAUUACCCAACAGUGAAACAAAGAAUGUGUGAAUGUCAAACCGGUGCAAUAAUUAUGAGGA